AUGGAUGUGGAAACAACUUCUCAGGGUAAGGGAUUUGAUGCUGGUCAGGUUGGGAAUGUUGCAAAUUUGCAGAAUACUGUUGGUGCAUGCUGCACAAGUGGAAAACUUCAACUUUCAUUUGUAUAUAAUGCUCUCUCUCAAUCAAUUUAUCCUGUUCCUUGGUUUGACACUGUUUGGAGGGGUUUACACUAUCCUAAACACUCAGUUAUUCUUUGGCUAGCUGCUCACUCCAGGUUGUUAACCCAAGACAGACUUUGUCGGAUGGGGAUGUUGGAGUUGAAUAGGUGUGUUCUGUGUCAAAGCCAGCAACUGGAAACUUGUAAGCACUUGUUCUUUGAGUGUCAAUUUUCAGCUGAUAUUUGGAAUAAAGUUAUGAAUUGGAUGAGUUUCUCUAGGAGAUCAUGCAAUUGGAAUCACCUUAUAAAUUGGUACUCCUUCAAUCUCAAAGGUGGUGGUUGUAAGCAACAAUUGAAAAGAAUGGCCCUCUUGAUGACAAUUUACAUGAUUUGGCAAGAGAGAAAUAUGAGAAUAUUUCAAAGGAAGUUUCGGGAACCAGAGAUGCUCUUCAGGGGUAUAAAGUUUCUGAUAUUCUCCAAGAUAUUGAAUGUCAAAUUACCUAUACAUAUGAAAGAUACUCUUGUGAAUAUGUAG